AUGGAUGUUAAUGAUUCUUUCUACCAAAGUUAUUUUACUAAUCAAUCCGGCUCUGUAAAUUCAUGGACCCCCAAUGUUGAGGGCCAAGAUUCAAAGGUGAGUACAUCUCUGAAUACUAAAUUCAAGCCGGAGAAUGAUUUCGAUUAUAAUUCAUUAAUCGAGUCAUUCAACAGCAAAAACACACUGGAAUUUCCACAAGUAGGUAGAAGCCAAGGUGUUGGAGAAACCCAAAAUCAGUCAAACACCAGAAACAUCACAAACAUUAACUGGUCAGAUUUUGGAGGAGGAUACUUGUCAAAGUCACUCACAAAAUCAUCCAACACAGGGCUAACCUCAAAUCAGUCUGAAUUCUUUGCACAAUUGAAGUCGGAAUGGGAGUCAAAACCGGCAUCAAACAACCAAGGUGAUGGAGGUCAAAAUGUGCAAAGUAAUCUUAACAUUGGCGUUAAGGCGCCAAACAUGAACUCAAUGCUCUCGAAAAUUCUAGAAGAGGGAUAUGAAACAAGGCUAAGCAGCUCACGUGCAUCUGAAAAGUCAACGAACAGAACAAGCAUUCCAACGGGAGUUUGCCAUGGACAUGGAAUGAUGAACAAUUCAUUGGUAGGAAGCUCAGGAUACAACAUUAUCCAAGGACACGGAAUGCUAAACAAUAACCUUUUGAACCCUCAACUUUUAAAUAGUGGGAUUAACCUAGGAAAUGUUAACAGCUUGGGAAACAACUUGAACACCCAACUGCUGAGGAACCAACUUAUAAAUAACCAAUUGCUUAAUAGGCAAAUCUUAAAUAACCAAUUACUAAACUCACAUAUGCUGGCAAAUGCAAACGUGUUCGGUAACCCAAACUUGGGAAUGGGUUUCAGGAAUGUGGGUUUUAACAACGAUUAUAUGUCAGGAGAUUUACUUGGCUCAUCUGAUUUCAUUACAAACAAUUUCAACCUAGACCCCAGCAGAAUCCCAAUGAACCUGUAUGACUACCACCCCUUCGGGUACAGCAAGUUCUGCAAGCCUCUAAAAUAUUUCAAAAACAGACCUGCCAGGAAGAAGAGGAACAACAAAACUGAACUUUUCCCACUCCCACCACUCAAAGACUCCGAGUUUGAAAAGGCAGUCAACUACUUGAAGCAGACUCUAGUAUCCCUCUACAAGGACCAAAUCAUGCCCAUCUACUUCAACGUGAGAGGAAGGUUCAUUGAGUUCAACACUGAAGAGAUUCCCCCGGAGCACAUUAUGGGCAUAUGCAAGAUGAAGCCUGACAUCUUCAACGUUGUCUCAAACGGAUCUCUGAACGAGACUUUUAUUUACCUGGUUGAAGAACCAUCAUGGUUUGUCAACUGGGUGGACAGAAAUGAUCUCAGAGAUGUCUACCCCUCUGAAAUGUGGGAACAGUUCUUCCAGUUCAUCAAGAACUACAAGGACGAACAUGGAAACGAGUAUUUCCCGGGAAGCAUUUAUGGCAUGAGCAGGACAAUGCAGGACCACAACCUUCCAUUCCUGGAGGGAAUGAGUCUAGGAACCAUAUGCCACAUCAUUCAGCUCGCAAUCAGACUCAAGAAGUACCUGGUCUAUGACAUGAAGACACUCAAGCCGUCAGAGUCUGUCAGGACCGGCCAAUUUACUCCAAUUCCAGAAGACGCUGAAGAAACCGCCGAAGUACAGCAGGAACAAAUUAUUGAAGAUCUCAAACAACUGGUUGAAUCAGAAAAUCCACUUGUGACAGGUGAAUAA